AUGCACAGUGGCACAGGCUCCAGCUGGCCGAAUAAGGCCCCUCUGGAGUCUAAUCACGUUGAACCUGCUUCGCCACAACAGUCAGUCUGCACCCCUCCUCCGGCUGAUCCAAGCAUCCAGGGCCAGGAUACGAUUGUCCUCUGGGUGCCUAUGCAGACCACAGCUGCCGCGCCGAUGGCGACACCAAUGCCGAAAAUGUCCUCAUUUUUUGAAUUGGAAGCAGUGAAAGCAUCUCAGAUAAACGCAACAACAACAAGCAGAACAGAGCAAGAGACAGUUGCCAGCACUACCCAAAGUCAAAAUGUUAUCUCUUCACCAAAAGUGCCUCUAGUACCCCAGUCACAGAAGGAUAAAUGCGACUUGUACAACCUUGAAGGCAGUAGCCAGUGUCCGCGUUCAAAAGUUCAGCAGGCUGGUGAGUAG